GUGUAAAGUAAAUCCGAGGCUACCGAAGCGCAGUGGGCUACUGACAGCUGUGUGGACAUCUGGAGUCACCAAGUCAGGGAGAAUGAGUGAGAAGGACACUGGAGUGCAGAGCAUCCGAGAAGCGCUCACAAGGCACAAUGAAGCGGUGGAUGAGGACGGAGAGGUGACGGAAGAUGAGGAGCCCCAAGCCUGCGGUGUGUGUGGAGAUCUGGCCAAGGGUUUCCACUUCAACGCCUUGACGUGUGAAGGCUGCAAGGGCUUCUUCAGACGUGCCGUAAAGAGGCCAACGCAGCUCCGCUGUAGGUUCCUGAAUGAAUGCAAUAUAAAGAAAAACAACCGACGUUCGUGUCAAGCCUGCCGCUUCCGUAAAUGCCAGGCCAUAGGCAUGCGCCAAGAAAUGGUCAUGUCUGAGAAGAAGGUGUUGGAGCGGAGAAUCCGAAUCCAGUCGAAGAAGAUGCUUGACGCACCAAUACAGCUGUCCUCCCAACAACAGGAAGCCAUUCAGGAGCUACUCUGUGGCCAACACAACUCAUUCGACCCAGCGUUUUACCGCUUCAGUGGCUUCAGGCCCAUCGAUAGAAACGUCCUUCCUGCGAGUGAGUUCAACCAGUCUGAAAGCUCACUCUGCUUCCUCUCGCCCUCCCUCUCGCCCUCCUCCUCCUCCUCCUCCAGUCUCUCUGGUUCCUUUGAAAAACAAGAGAACCACGAGGACGAAGAGGUCAGAAAAGCCAGUGUUUUCUCGGCUCUUCCACACGUGACUGACCUCACCACUUACAUGAUUCAGGACAUAAUUCGUUUCUCCAAAGGUCUCAGGGACUUCCGAUCUCUCAACAUGGGUGACCAAAUUGCUCUGUUGAAGGGAGCCACUUUUGAAAUUAUGCAGAUCCGCUUCAACAUGGUGUUCAAUGCGAACACAGGCAUCUGGGAAUGCGGCCAUAUGAAAUACUGCAUCGAUGACGCUGUGCGAGCGGGUUUCCAGCCGCUCCUGCUGGAGCCUCUGCUCAGAUUUCACCACAUGCUGCGCAAACUGGGCCUGCAGGACGAAGAGUACGUUCUCAUGCAGGCCAUGUCCCUGUUUUCUCCAGACCGUCCUGGUGUGCAGCAACACGGUGUGAUUGACAAGCUUCAUGAAAACACGGCACUGACACUAAAAACCUGGAUUGACUUCAAGAGGACAGGACCAGAAAAAGACUUGCUGUACCCUAAAGUGAUGGCCUGUCUCACGGAGAUGAGAACAAUGACCGAGGAGUACAGCAAACAGGUUCUGCAGAUCCAGGACAUCCAGCCAGACAUUAUCUCGCCUCUCAUAAUGGAGGUGGUUAGUAAAAACUGCUGUCAUGACUUUUAAUACUGUCAUCUACUGUACAUGGACAGGACCAGCUGACUGUGUUCAUUGAUUUAAGGCAAAGUAUUCUGUUUUUCUUGUUGUGCACGUGUUAAAAAGUGAUGGUCUAAAACAUAAAGAUGAUUGUUAGUCCUGCUGUAAACUAUCAUUGGUCACCCACACGUCAAAGAAGCCAUGAGUAAGGCAGGAUUAAGUUUUACAAAGUUUGUUUUAAGUGGUUACAGUACCGGUGGAUUUGACAUGUGUUAUUUGUUUUGCUUACAGUGAGUACACAUUGUGUCUAUCAAUGAGUGUUCACGUUAUGUUUUAAAGGUUUAAUGGUUUUCAAAAGUCCAUGAAGUUCUCAUAGAAGGAAAACAGCUGUAGUUGCAAAGACAUUCUUUGCGUUUUAUACCUCAGGUUGUUGUUUAGUGUUACUGUGAAUAAAACUGCUCUCCAGACUGCAGUGCGUGAUGGUGCCUCCGCUCCAUUAACAGCAUAAUAAGGCAAACACUGCCCCACUGUGGACAAUUGAAAGGCUAACAUUGUCAAGUAGAUCACAGGGCACAGCCUAAACAAUUCCAUAAAAAGUAUCCUGGCAAGUUUAUAUUUUUAGAAUGAUUUUAUUUAGUUGUUGGUGUGUUUUGUUAUUCCUCGUCUUUCAAACUCAGAGUUCUUAUAUCUCACAGCUAAACUAAUACAAUCAUUAUUUCCCUUUUUAUACCUCGGACAUUUAUGUUACCCAGAGGAUGGAGCUUAUUGAUUUUGGUGUUUCUCUGCCUUUUCUAUAUAUUUGAUUAUGCUGGAGCCAGCAUAUUGUGUUGGGAAAGUAUAGUGAGAGAAAAUUCUUAUCAACUUAAUCACAAUUUUCUAAAGUAUGUUAAAUAUGUAGCUGCUGGCUCUGUUAUUUGGCAUCCGAGACCAAGUCAGAACUCUUCGGAACAUUCAUACGUCUCACUUUUCUGAAAAUAUUGAUGCAUUCAAGACUAAAUCACUCUGAACAGGCUUAAUACAUACCAUCUCUGACGUCCAUUUUGCCCUCACACUAAAAGAAGAUGGAACAGACAAAGAGCUCGAUCAUUUCCAGGCUAUCCUACUCUUUAUUUAAUGCAAAUUACAGUACCAGGGAACUAUUCCUCAGAGCACGCAGAGGGAAUAUUUACAGAGGUGCACAUUUAGCUUACCUUCACAGAACAAAAGAAAGAAAAAAAGAAAAGAAAGAAAAAUUUCAGUCACAAACAGAGGCAUUCAAGUAGUAGUACUGUUAUACAUGAUGUUUUUGUAGUAUUUUCUAUGAUUUUUCUUUUCUUUAACCCCAGUUAGCAUAGUGUACAUGCUAGUAUAAUAUAUUAUACUAGCAUGUAUACUUGCUUGUUCUCUGUUUUGGUAACCUUUGUGGUGUUUUUAGUGAACUGGAGUUAGGGGUAAGGGUGAGGUGGUCAAACGUUUGUGUGGUGGUUAGCAACACGUCCAUGAAUGCGAAAUUACAGCAAGCAGGAGACAGGAGAGAGGCUACAUGACUCGACCUUAGGUGCUACUGAAUCCCUCCCACCGUCCAAGUAUGCUGACAGGAAGGAGAACAAGCAAGAGGACAGAUCAACAACAAAAUAUCCAGAGAGAGAAGAAGAGAGACAGAAUACAUUACUGCCUCUGAGGAUGGCUCAUCACAACUACAUCUUAGUUUGGCUUUGGUAACAGAACCAUCACUGUGAUUAACACAGAAACUGUACUGCAUUGUUUGUGUAUAUACAUAUAUAUACACAUACAGUAUAUGAGGAACCCCCCUCCCCUCACUUCAUGCCCCGGAGCCCGUGCCAGAACUAUGGUAUACAUGUUUGUGCGUGCAUGUGUGUCCAAGACAAACAACUAUUAAAAUAAACACUUGUCGAAUUGUUUCUUCAUUUAAGGAAAAUGUCUGUAUAUCACAAUAAGUGUGCAAUGAAAAAGGGGAAGAGGUGCGAGUGGAGGGGACUGAAAAUCAAGUGGGACUGUGUGUGUGUGUGUGUGUUGUGGGAUAGCAGGACAUUCAACAGCACCAAAGGGAGAGUCACAAUCGGGAG